GCCUUCCUGCAGCUCUCCACCAUUGUGGAGGCAUCUCAGCUGCUGCAGAUCCUGCAGGCUCUCCAGCCGCCCCUCAACAUCGAUGGGAAGAGCAUCGCCGUUGAGUUCGCCAAGGGCUCCAAGCGCGACGUUUUUCUCACAGACAACAGCCGGGUCAGUGCUGCCACAGUGGCCAGUACAGCCAUUGCAGCUGCUCAGUGGGCUGUAACUCAGACAGCUCAGACGGCAGCAGCAGGUGCCCAGAGUGCCGAUUACAGCCUGUACCAGCAGGGGGCACUGUAUGGGGAGACGCAGGAGUAUUCACAAGCUUACGAGACGCAGAGCAAUCCACAUGGGAGCGGCACUGCUGCGGGCGCUGGGCUGAUAGGGUCAUACGUGGCCACAACUCAAGCAGCGACAGUCUCUUCAGAGCCAGAGGUGCCUGGUGUGGAUCCUGUACAGCUGCCCCAGACAACAGCAGCUCAGACGCCCAUGGUGACCACAGAAGCCAGCACACAGUCGGCCCAGGCUGUCCAGUACACCCAGCCAGCCACAGCUCACAAGACAGAGAUCAUCGGCAAACCCCAGCCAGCCGCCAGCAGCCAGCCUGCCACCCCUGGCACUCCCCUCGAGUACCAGCAGUACCCUGUUCCAGAUGUGUCUACCUACCAGUACGACGAGACUUCAGGCUAUUACUACGACCCCCUGACUGGUCUCUACUAUGACCCCAACUCCCAGUAUUACUUCAAUGCCCACACUCAGCAGUACAUGUACUGGGAUGGUGAGCGCCGCACCUACAUCCCUGCUGCCCAGCAGGGCUCUGAGGCCCAGCCUGCAGCCGCGUCCAGCGCCACUGUGCCCACACAGACUGCUGCCUGUAAUGCGUCCACCAAGGAGAAGAAGGACAAACCCAAGACCAAGACUGCCCAGCAGAUCGCCAAGGACAUGGAGCGCUGGGCCAAGAGCCUGAACAAACAGAAGGAGAACUUCCGCUCCACGCUGAUGCCCCUGAGCUCCUCCCGGGAGGACGAGAGGCGGGAGUCGGCCAGUGCGGACGCUGGCUACGCCAUCCUAGAGAAGAAGGGGACGCUGUCGGAACGCCCCCAGACGUUGAUGGAUCAGCUGAAACGCAGUGAGGAAAGAGGGAAGAGCAGCCCGCCGCAGGGCCUGGUGGCUGCCUACAGCGGGGAGAGCGACAGCGAGGAGGAGGGGGAGAAGGGGGCGGAUCGCGAGGAGCGGCUGACCGACUGGACCAAGCUGGCCUGCCUGCUCUGCAGGAGACAGUUCCCCAGCAAGGAGGCGCUGCUCCGGCACCAGCAGCUGUCCGAACUGCACAAGCAAAACCUGGAUCAGAGGAAAGCCCGCAUGACUGACCAGGAGGGAGCAGACCGAGAAGGAGAGCUGAGAUACAGAGAUCGAGCAGCAGAGCGGAGGGAGAAGAUCGGGUUCCCAGAACAGUCCGAUACCAAGAAGAGAAAGUACAGCUCCAUCGAUGGGGUGGCGGGGAACAGCCUGGGCGCCCGGAUGCUGCAGGGAGGGGUGAAGAGGAGCAUGCUCGCCCGAAACAUCCAGGUGGAGUGACAGGGAGAUAGGACCAUGAGAGACUGAGCUUUCAGCCCAGCAGGGACCAGGAGGGGCCGCUGGCCGUCGUCCACACUCCUGUUUCACGCCACCUUCAGAAGAUAUGGACUUGAGUGUUGGUCUGUCUUGUCACUGGUGCAGCUGUUGAGAAAAUCGGCCCCUACACUGCAAUACAAACUGGCAUAAGUACUGGCUUUGAGUGGAUCAGCGGACAACCCCUAGAGCCUCAAGGACACCUGUUUUUAUGUGCCCCCAGGAGGGCUGUGCCAGGGGUGGGCUGCUGCCCACAGGCACACAUUGUCCUCCCAGUGAAGCUCAGCUGAGGUGGGAGAAGUGCUGGCGCACUGUGCAGAGAUGCAGCGUCUUUCACAAAUUGAUUAAAGGUGCUGGAGUGCA